UCUAUCUUUCUCCUCCGAAUCGCCAACAGAUAUCAUCAUAUUUCUCGGGUACGCAUCGGCGUGGUAAGCCCUCGCUUGAUUAAUUUCAUAGAGGAUGCUGUGGGGAGUAUGCAGGCGUUCUUUGAAUAGUUAAAUAGGUCUAUGUGUUGCAAGUUCGGGAUAUGCUCAAUCAGGACGGUGUUUGGAGGCAGCUCAUUCUCAAGAAGCAUGUGGGGAUUGGGCCAAACAGCUGGUUGGAUUCUCAUAAUUGUUCCAUGGAAACCAGGAGAACACCUCGCUGGCAGAAGCCUUUUUCUUUCACGAGCCUUUUCAUGCACGGUGAUUUUGGAGACAGCAGGGUACUUGGACUCUUUGAACUUUUCAAGGUCACAUUCGAAAGUCCUACUUCGUUUAUUUUAUCAGCCAUCGUAGCCUUAAUAUUAUAUCAAAGAAUAAGACAGGCAGAUAGAGAGUAAAUCAGGUUUUAGAGACUUUGUUUGGGCUUGGUUGUGGAGAUUGUUAGGGCAAUGUUUUCUAUUGUUGUCAUAGUGGC